GCCCCAGCCUCUGGGGACCCUCAGCUCCCUCACUCAGGCCAGGCCCGUGGCCUUGGGAAGAGCCUGAACAUCCUGGGGUCACACUCAGGCAGGGAGGGUCCGCCCAGGCCUGGGAAGAAAGCAGGAGCAGACUGCAGACAGCGCUGGACACAGUGGGUGCCCAAAGCGGCCCCCAUCCCAGCUCCAAGACCCCCUCCUCGCCGCAUCUUCCCCGGUGGUCCACGGAUGCUCUUCCGCAGCCGAAGGGCGGCGCGGUCCUCACUGCUCAGCCACUCCCCCCACACCGAGGCCUAGGAGUCCCCACACCCCCAGCACAGCCCCCAGGGUCCCCACCCUGCUGUGCGGCCCUCGCCUUUCGCACGGACCCCACUCCCCACCCCGGGACCCCAGACAGUCCCCUUCGCCCUCGCCGGCCCUGAGCGUCCCGGCCCCCGCCUCCGGCUCAGCCCCCUGCCACCCCCGCUUCCCUCCCGGCUCAGGCCCCCUCCCCCCGCCGCCCCCGCCCCCGGGGAAGGCAGGCGCCGAGCGGAGCCGGGGCCGAUGCAGCUGAGCCGCGCCGCCGCCGCCGCCGCCGCCGCCCCUGCGGAGCCCUCGGAGCCGCUGUCCCCGGCGCCGGCCCCGGCCCCGGCUCCCCCCGGCCCCCUCCCGCGCAGCGCGGCCGACGGGGCUCCGGUGGGGGGCCGGGGGGGGGCCGGGGCGCGGCGAGGAGCCCCGGGGCGCCCAGCUCCUGGCGCUAGCGGCCCCGGCCCGGGCGCGGGGAUGGACGGCCCCGGGGCCAGCGCCGUGAUCGUGCGCGUCGGCAUCCCAGACCUGCAGCAGACGAAGUGCCUGCGCCUGGACCCGGCCGCGCCCGUUUGGGCCGCCAAGCAGCGCGUGCUCUGCGCCCUCAACCACAGCCUCCAGGACGCGCUCAACUACGGGCUCUUCCAGCCGCCCUCUCGGGGCCGCGCCGGCAAGUUCCUGGACGAGGAGAGGCUUCUGCAGGAAUACCCGCCCAACCUAGACACGCCCCUGCCCUACCUGGAGUUUCGAUACAAGAGGCGAGUUUAUGCCCAGAACCUCAUUGAUGAUAAGCAGUUUGCAAAGCUUCACACAAAGGCGAACCUGAAGAAGUUUAUGGAAUACGUCCAGCUGCACAGCACAGACAAGGUGGCCCGCCUGCUGGACAAGGGGCUGGACCCCAAUUUCCACGAUCCUGACUCAGGAGAGUGUCCGCUGAGCCUUGCCGCCCAGUUGGACGACGCCACCGACCUGCUGAAGGUGCUGAGGAACGGCGGCGCUCACCUGGACUUCCGCACGCGAGACGGGCUCACGGCCGUGCACUGUGCCACGCGCCAGCGGAACGCGGCUGCCUUGACGACCCUGCUGGACCUGGGCGCCUCACCGGACUACAAGGACAGCCGCGGUCUGACGCCCUUGUACCACAGCGCCCUGGGCGGGGGGGACGCCCUCUGCUGCGAGCUGCUCCUGCACGACCAUGCUCAGCUGGGGACCACCGACGAGAACGGCUGGCAGGAAGUCCACCAGGCCUGCCGCUUCGGGCACGUGCAGCACCUGGAGCACCUGCUGUUCUACGGAGCUGACAUGGGGGCUCAGAAUGCCUCUGGGAACACAGCCCUGCACAUCUGCGCCCUCUACAACCAGGAGAGCUGUGCCCGUGUCCUGCUUUUCCGCGGAGCCAACAAGGAUGUCCGCAAUUACAACAGCCAGACAGCCUUCCAGGUGGCCAUCAUAGCGGGGAACUUUGAGCUCGCGGAGGUCAUCAAGACCCACAAAGAUUCGGACGUUGUGCCAUUCAGGGAAACCCCCAGCUACGCGAAGCGGCGGCGGCUGGCCGGCCCGAGCGCCCUGGCCUCGCCUCGGCCCCUGCAGCGCUCAGCCAGUGACAUCAACCUGAAGGGCGAGGUGCAGCCGGCAGCUUCUCCUGGACCUUCACUGAGAAGCCUCCCCCACCAGCUGCUGCUCCAGCGACUGCAGGAGGAGAAAGACCGGGACCGGGAUGGGGACCAGCAGAAUGACGGCAGCCCUGCCACAGGCAGGGGCAGCCAGAGCAAGAUCAGCCCGAGCGGGCCCGGCGGCCCGGGCGGCCCCGGCCCCGCGCCCGGCCCCGGCCCGGCGCCCCCCGCGCCCCCCGCGCCGCCGCCCCGGGGCCCGAAGCGGAAACUUUACAGCGCAGUCCCCGGCCGCAAGUUCAUCGCCGUGAAGGCGCACAGCCCGCAGGGCGAGGGCGAGAUCCCGCUGCACCGCGGCGAGGCCGUGAAGGUGCUCAGCAUUGGGGAGGGCGGUUUUUGGGAGGGGACCGUGAAAGGCCGCACGGGCUGGUUCCCGGCUGACUGCGUGGAGGAGGUGCAGAUGAGACAGUAUGACACCCGGCAUGAAACCCGGGAGGACCGGACAAAGCGACUUUUCCGCCACUACACGGUGGGCUCCUACGACAGCCUCUCUGCACACAGCGACUAUGUCAUUGACGACAAGGUGGCUGUCCUGCAGAAACGGGACCACGAAGGCUUUGGUUUUGUGCUCCGGGGGGCCAAAGCAGAGACUCCCAUCGAGGAGUUCACGCCCACGCCGGCCUUCCCUGCGCUCCAAUACCUCGAGUCGGUGGAUGUGGAGGGCGUGGCCUGGAGGGCAGGGCUGCGCACGGGAGACUUCCUCAUCGAGGUGAAUGGCGUGAACGUGGUGAAAGUCGGACACAAGCAGGUGGUGGCUCUGAUCCGCCAGGGCGGGAACCGCCUCGUCAUGAAGGUGGUGUCAGUGACAAGGAAGCCGGAAGAGGACGGGGCUCGACGCAGAGCCCCGCCGCCCCCUAAGAGAGCCCCCAGCACAACGCUGACCCUGCGCUCCAAGUCCAUGACAGCAGAGCUUGAGGAGCUUGCCUCCAUUCGGAGAAGGAAAGGGGAGAAGCUGGACGAGAUCCUGGCGGCCGCCGCGGAACCGGCACUGAGGCCGGACAUCGCGGAUGCGGACUCGAGAGCGGCCACCGUCAAACAGCGGCCCACUAGUCGGAGGAUCACCCCUGCUGAGAUCAGUUCACUGUUUGAGCGCCAGGGCCUCCCAGGCCCGGAGAAGCUGCCAGGCUCCCUGCGGAAGGGGAUUCCACGGACCAAGUCUGUAGGGGAGGACGAGAAGCUGGCGUCCCUGCUGGAGGGGCGCUUCCCGAGGAGCACGUCGAUGCAGGACACGGUGCGCGAGGGCCGUGGCAUCCCGCCCCCUCCGCAGACCGCGCCGCCGCCCCCUCCCGCCCCCUACUACUUUGACUCUGGGCCGCCCCCUGCCUUCUCGCCACCUCCGCCUCCCGGCCGCGCCUACGACACCGUGCGCUCCAGCUUCAAACCCGGCCUGGAGGCACGCCUGGGCGCGGGCGCCCCGGGCCUGUAUGAUUCAGGCGCGGCCCUGGGUCCGCUGCCUUACCCGGAGCGGCAGAAGCGCGCGCGCUCCAUGAUCAUCCUGCAGGACUCGGCGCCCGAGGCGGCCGACGCCUCUCGGCCCCCGCCAGCGGCCACCCCGCCGGAACGCCCCAAGCGGCGGCCACGGCCGCCGGGCCCCGACAGCCCCUACGCCAACCUGGGCGCCUUCAGCGCCAGCCUCUUUGCGCCGUCGAAACCUCAGCGCCGCAAGAGCCCUCUGGUGAAGCAGCUGCAGGUGGAGGAUGCGCAGGAGCGCGCGGCCCUGGCCGUGGGCAGCCCCGGCCCGGGCGUCGGCAGCUUCGCCAGGGAGCCCUCCCCGACGCACCGCGGGCCGCGGCCCAGCGGUCUCGACUACGGCCCCGGAGACGGCCCCGGGCUGGCGUUUGGCGGCCCGGCCCCAAGCAAGGACCGGCGGCUGGAGGAGCGGCGGCGCUCCACCGUGUUCCUGUCUGUGGGUGCCAUCGAGGGCAGCGCUCCGACCGCGGACAUGCCCUCCCUGCAGCCCUCCCGCUCCAUCGAUGAGCGCCUUCUGGGAACCGGCGCCACCACCACCGGCCGUGACCUGCUGCUGCCCUCCCCAGUUUCUGCUCUGAAGCCAUUGGUUAGCGGCCCAAGCCUUGGGCCUUCCGGCUCCACUUUCAUCCACCCGCUCACCGGCAAACCUCUGGACCCCAGCUCGCCUUUGGCCCUGGCCCUGGCGGCUCGCGAGCGGGCUCUGGCGUCCCAGGCGCCCUCCCGGUCCCCUACACCUGUGCACAGCCCCGACACCGACCGGCCCGGGCCCUUGUUUGUAGAUGUGCAGGCCCGGGACUCGGAGCGAGGGCCUCUGGCCUCGCCAGCCUUCUCCCCCAGGAGCCCAGCCUGGGUUCCUGUGCCUGCGCGGAGGGAGCCCGAGAAGGUGCCCCGGGAGGAGCGCAAGUCCCCGGAGGACAAGAAAUCCAUGAUCCUCAGCGUCCUGGACACGUCCCUGCAGCGGCCCGCCGGCCUCAUCGUCGUGCACGCCACCAGCAACGGGCAGGAGCCCAGUGGGCUGGGGGCCGAAGAGCAGCGCCCUGGCACCCCGGAGCUGGCCCCGGCCCCCACACAGUCCGCUGUGGUCACAGAGCCCCUGCCGAGCCCCCGGGCCCAGCCCCCCGGCAGUGCCCCCGCUGACUCCGGGCCCGGCCAGGGCAGCUCCGAGGAGGAGCCGGAGCUGGUAUUCGCUGUGAACCUGCCGCCAGCCCAGCUGUCUUCCAGCGACGAGGAGACCAGAGAGGAGCUGGCCCGCAUCGGACUUGUGCCGCCUCCCGAAGAGUUUGCCAACGGGGUCCUGCUGGCCACGCCACUCCCCGGCCCAGGCCCCUCGCCCACCACGGUGCCAGGCCCGGCCUCAGGGAAGCCGAGCACCGAGCCGCCGCCCGCCCCGGAGUCCGCGGCGGAUUCGGGGGUAGAGGAGGCCGACACGCGCAGCUCCAGCGACCCCCACCUGGAGACCACGAGCACCAUCUCCACCGUGUCCAGCAUGUCCACCCUGAGCUCGGAGAGUGGGGAACUCACGGACACCCACACCUCCUUCGCUGACGGACAUACUUUUCUACUCGAGAAGCCACCAGUGCCUCCCAAGCCCAAGCUCAAGUCCCCGCUGGGGAAGGGGCCGGUGACCUUCAGGGACCCGCUGCUGAAGCAGUCCUCCGACAGUGAGCUCAUGGCUCAGCAGCACCACGCCGCCACCGCCGGGCUGGCCUCUGCUGCCGGGCCUGCUCGCCCUCGCUACCUCUUCCAGAGAAGGUCCAAGCUGUGGGGGGACCCCGUCGAGAGCCGGGGGCUCCCUGGGCCCGAAGACGACAAGCCAACUGUGAUCACUGAGCUCAGCUCGCGCCUGCAGCAGCUGAACAAAGACACCCGCUCCCUGGGGGAGGAGCCGGCCGGCGGCCUGGGCGGCCUGCUGGACCCCGCCAAGAAGUCUCCCAUCGCGGCAGCUCGGCUCUUCAGCAGCCUCGGUGAGCUGAGCACCAUCUCAGCGCAGCAGCGCAGCCCCGGGGGCCCGGGCGGCGGGCCCUCCUACCCCGUGCGGCCAGGCGGCCGCUACCCUGUGGCGCGGCGCGCCCCGAGCCCGGUGAAGCCCGCGUCGCUGGAGCGGGUGGAGGGGCUGGGGGCGGGGGCGGGGGGCGCGGGGCGGCCCUUCGGCCUCACGCCCCCCACCAUCCUCAAGUCGUCCAGCCUCUCCAUCCCCCACGAGCCGAAGGAGGUGCGCUUUGUGGUGCGCAGCGUGAGCGCGCGCAGCCGCUCGCCCUCGCCUUCGCCGCUGCCCUCGCCAGCGCCCGGCCCGGGCCCCGGGGCCCCCAGCCCCCGCCGGCCCUUCCAGCAAAAGCCCCUGCAACUCUGGAGCAAGUUCGACGUGGGCGACUGGCUGGAGAGCAUCCACUUGGGCGAGCACCGCGACCGCUUCGAGGACCACGAGAUCGAGGGCGCGCACCUGCCGGCGCUCACCAAGGACGACUUCGUGGAGCUGGGCGUCACGCGCGUGGGCCACCGCAUGAACAUCGAGCGCGCGCUCAGGCAGCUGGACGGCAGCUGACGCCCCCCGCCCCCUCCCCACGCCCCGGCCGCGCCCUGCGGGCAGGGCUCCCCCUCAGCCUCCCCAUCCCCGCCCCGGGCUGCGGGCUCGGCCCACUCCCCAGCCCCUACCCUAACGGCGCCCGGGCCAGGAAUGUUGCAUGAAUCGUCCUGUUCGCUGUCGCUCGGAGACUUGCCCUGUACAUUGCUUAGCGCCCUCCCAGGCCGUCGAGCCCCACCCAGCACACGGUCGGGAAGGGCGCGGGCCGUGGGGGGCUGGAGCGGGAGGGGGCGGGGGCGGGGCGCUCCAGCCUGGCCAUCUCCCGCUGAGCUCCCGGCGGCUACUUUCCCAGAGGGGGUGACCUAGUCCAGCAUGCGAGGUCAAGACACGCCUUGGUGACUCGGGGGGAGGGGGGAGACAUUGGGGUUCUCGGUUGGGGGCCAAGGAGCCCCCUGUUUUGCAUAUUUUAAUCCACUCUAUAUUUGGAACAAGAAAAGGAACAAAUAUCUCUGUCCUUAAUAGCUUCCCUUCCCCUCCCCUCCAGCCCCCGGUUCCGCUGCGGCUGCCCAGUCUUCCAUCUCUGGCCCCUCAACUGCCACUGCCACCCCACAUGGGGCAGGGGACGCUCCAGCUGGUCUGGGGUUGGCCAGGGUCCUCGUGCCCGCCCCGGGGCCCCACUGGGCCCCCUCCCCUCGCUGAGCUAUGGUGUUCCCCACCGACCCUUCAGGUGCUGCGUGGAGGAGGGGCGGCAGGCAGCGACUCCUGCGGGCGCUCACGCGGUCACGCGGCCCGGGAGAGCCGGCCGGGGGCGGUGUGGGCGCAGGGCCCCCUGGCACCUGCCCCCGGCCGGCUCCCUCACAGGGUCCCCCCUCCAGCAGGGGUCUAGCCUCCUGUCCACGCUGCUGGGCGACUACAGCAGAGACGCCCCCCUGCCUCAGACCUGAAGUCGCCAGUUCCGCCCUGUGUGUGUGUGCGCACAUGUGCGAGUGUGUGAAACUCGGGGUGCGACUGAGUGCAUUGGAGCCCCUUGUGUGCCUGACUGGAGGGUGGUCCCAAGGGGUCACUCUGGACUAGUGUGGGGGCUUCGGAAGCUUGCACAGGGUGCGUGCAUGGGUGUGUGCCUGUGAAAGCACCCCGUCUCCACUUCCAAAGAAAGUCAGAGGUCGUCUUGCACCCUGGGACCUGCUGUUUGCCCAGUUUGUCCCUCCAGAGCCUCGCGGAGCCUGAGUGGGCCUUCUUGGUGAAGCCUUGCUGCUUGGGAGAGGCCCCCAAGGGCCCUUGGAGGCAAUGCUCCGCCCCCGCUGGGCUUCUAGGGGGGAUCAUAGGGGCACCCCUAGAGUCAGGCCACUGCGAGCCUUGGGGAGAGGCAAAGACCCCAGUGGGCACCCCAGCCCCCCUUACUGUGACUCCUCACACUCAGCAAUGACCUGUGGGGUGGGGGGCCCGGGAUGUUUUUAAACCUAGGGUUUGGAGUCUGGACUAAGCUCCAUCCACGUCACUCACGAGUUUCUGUUUAUAUUUCUAGCUUUUUUUAAUAAAAAUUAAAAAACCCAGAAAACAGAAGUUUUCACAGCCCAGGGGCUUGGCACGCCGGUCUGUGCCCACCCGCCGCACCCCGGCCCACCGGCUCCAUUCCCUGGGCAGAUUCACACCCAGUAACCCUUUCACCAACAGACCAGGUCACACACACAGCAGCAGUCACUGUAACAGACUGCCACAUACACACUCGUCUCACUCACCUGUGGGUUUUGGUUCCGUUCAGUUUGGGUUUUUAACUUUACAGGGUCAGUUCUGCUUCGCCCCUCCUUUUGUACGGAGCUCCACGUGGGGGGUUCUCCCCCUGCUCCAGCCCCGAGGCCUCUUGACCCUGACGUUGUGAUACACCCCACAGAGAUCUAUGUUUCUUAUAUUAUUAUUAUUGAUAAUAAUUAUAAUAUUAUGUAAUAAAUUUAUAAGAAAUGAAA